AUUUUUCUGUGAAAUAAAGAGAGAAAAAAAAUCAUUUUGAUCAUAAAAUUAACAAAACUACAAGAUAAAAAUUUAAAAGUAAGCCCUGCAUUUACUAUGGCAGCCAAUCCAACGGAGGAAAACUUUGACCAAACCGAGUUCGACGAGGAUGAUUUGGGAGAAGUCCAGAUCGAAUCUACUGCCGGACGUAAGCGCCUUUUCAGCAAGGAAUUACGAUGCAUGAUGUAUGGCUUUGGAGACGAUCAAAACCCGUAUACCGAAAGUGUUGAUCUCCUCGAGGAUUUGGUAAUCGAAUUCAUCACUGAGAUGACACAUAGGGCAAUGGAAAUUGGUCGCACAGGUCGUGUUCAAGUCGACCUGACAUCCUACCGACUGCGCCAUUGUGUUUCAUUCAUUCUCUUCAGCAACAACACUGAAACAAUCAUGCACUUCCAAUUGCUUUAUCAAUUGUAG